UCUCUCUACUUUCCUCCAAACCCUUCCCUCCCUCUCUCUCUAAAACCAACCAUUUCCUCUCACUUCCUCUCUCAAAAUUCUCAAAUCCUAUUGUCAUUCUCAUUACCUUUUAGUUCUCGUUUACAUUUACUGAUGUUCCCAGUCAGCUUCUAAGACAAAGCUCCAGUGAUUUAGGAUUGACAGCUGUACGAUCAGUUUAAUGCUCCAUGUCUGGAGGCGUUGGAGCUUCAAACCGUCAGGCAUCGCCACCACCUGAGACUUCUCAGAAUCGGCCGCCACUGAAGCGUCACCUGGUCUUCGCGUCGACUAAACCGCCAUUUGUUCCUCCGGAUGAUUAUCACAGCUUUUCGUCUCCCAACUCUAGAAGGGCUGCCGAUCAAGAACAUGAAGCUGUUGUUGUUCGAUCUCCGUACAUGAAGCGGAAGAGCACAGUGAAUGACAGCAAUGGAGAGUCCCAGGAAUGGAGUAAGAGCCCAGCUACUAAUGUAACGAUUAGUCCCCUCAAAACACCUGUGUCUGCAAAAGGAGGAAGGACAUACAAUAAGUCCAAGGUUGCCAAAGAAGGCAAAUCUGGUCCUCAGACCCCCAUCUCAAAUGCUGGUUCCCCUUCUCUAACUCCUGCUGGCAGCUGUCGCUAUGACAGUUCCUUGGGUUUGUUGACUAAAAAGUUCAUCAAUUUGCUCAAGCAUGCAGAGGAUGGUGAUCUUGACCUAAACAAAGCGGCUGAAACUUUGGAGGUGCAAAAGAGGAGGAUAUAUGACAUAACCAAUGUUUUGGAAGGAAUUGGCCUCAUUGAGAAAAAGCUUAAAAACAGGAUACAUUGGAAGGGAAUCAAAUCUUCUACGUCUGGAGAGGUUGAUGGUGAUGUAUCUAUGCUAAAGGCAGACGUGGAGACACUGUCUUUGGAGGAGCAAAGAUUAGAUGAUCAAAUAAGGGGAAUGCAGGAAAGGCUGAGAAAUUUGAGUGAAGAUGAAAAAAACCAGAAGUGGCUUUUUGUAACUGAAGAAGAUAUUAAGGGCCUACCCGGCUUGCAGAAUGAAACUCUAAUAGCAAUUAAAGCCCCACAUGGAACCACCUUGGAAGUCCCUGAUCCUGAGGAAGCCGUUGACUAUCCACAGAGGAGAUACAGAAUAAUUCUUAGAAGUACAAUGGGUCCCAUUGAUGUCUACCUUGUCAGUCAAUUUGAGGAGAAAUUUGAAGAGAUGAAUGGUGUUGAGCCCCCUGCAAGCCUCCCACUUGCUUCAAGUUCAGGGUCCAAUGAACACCUAACGACAGAAAUGACUCCUCUUGAACACAAUGGAAAGGGUCUUGAAUCUCAAACUCAACUGCCAUCUCAUACAUGCUCUGAUCUAAAUGCUUCACCAGAGUUCGGUGGGGGCAUGAUGAAAAUUGUUCCUUCUGACGUUGAUAAUGAUGCAGAUUACUGGCUACUAUCAGAUGCUGACGUUAGCAUUACAGAUAUGUGGAGAACAGAUUCCAGUGUUGAUUGGAAUGGGGUAGACAUGCUUCCCUCUGAUUUUGGAAUCGCCUCAAGACCACAAACUCCAUCAUCCGGGUUUGCUGAUGGACCAUCCACAUUAGCUAACAAUACUCAGAGGUGAAAGCUGAUGCGUCUAAAAUCAUGCUGUACCAGAAAGCAUGGUUAUGCUUCACGGACAAUUUAGCUUGAAGGCAGAUUCGUUGAUUCCAGGGAUGUUACUGAAAAUUUUGCUGUUUUGCGAAAUACAGCAGACGCCAUAUUCGUUACCUCAUCUCAGCGAUUGCCUACUUCGAAGUCUCAGGCGUCAUGGAUUCCCUUAUUUGCAAGGUCUGCAAUACAGCGCAGCUAGGUAGACGCUGCGCCGGCUGCAGCCAAGUUGCAAAGGUGUAGUGGAUAUCAUUAUCAGGAAAAGAUCCUUCAUCUUAAAUAAUUAUUCAUGCUGGUUGUAUACAUUUCCGAGUGAUAAAAUCAUGUCACUUGAAAUUAGCUGGAAAUUUCAUUAUCCAAAUCGUAGUUUUAAGUA